UAUUGAUUAGCAUACACUAUAUCAAUCUCCCAUGUUAAUAAAUGACUCGAUGCAUUUUGUUCUGGAUCGGAUAAUUUGAGCACUUUCGAACUAAAACACGAAUGACCUCCAGCAACGCUGUGUUAAUUUCUAACAGUGAAGACCUCCGGAUUAGGCCGUCAUCGUGUACGUUUGAAUGACGUGUCUUCAUGAAGGAAGUCAAGUUGGCUUUCAUCGUGCUGGUGUUAGUGUCCUUCUAUCUUGUAUUCCUCUAUCUGGCUCUCACCACCGGCAAGCUUUUGCACUGGAAAGGUUUCAAAGGUUCGGAGCCAUGGCGAAACGUGCGACACGCACACAGAGCAGACGAUGAACCUAAAGACAUCCACACUAAAUCACAUAUCCGGGUCUUUUGUUGGAUAACCACACAAGAAAAAGCACUGCAAGACAAAAUCCCUGCUGUGAAUGAGACUUGGGCGAGACGAUGUGACAACAAGAUCUUCAUCAUGACAACAAACGUCACCACCCCUGGACAUUCAAUAGUCGACUUCAACAUCAAAGACGGUCGGAAACGCCUAGCUAAAAAGACAAUAGCAGCAAUCAAAUACAUCUAUCAACACUAUUUGACUGAUUAUGAUUGGUUCUUGAAGGCAGAUGACGACACAUUUAUUGUCAUGGAGAACCUGAAAUACCUACUAUCGUUCUUCAGCCAGGACGAGGCGGUGUACCUUGGACACCUGUUUAAGAUGUUCGUCAACCCAGGGUACAUGAGUGGUGGCGCGGGGUACGUCCUCAGCCGUCAGGCUGUGCGCAGAUUAGUGGAAGAAGGCUACAAUGUGGAGGGCGCGUGCCGGAAGGGAGGUACCCAUGAGGAUGUGGAGUUGGGCAAAUGUCUAAAGAAGGUCGGCGUGCCUGCGUAUAACUCUCUAGACGACACUGGUCGGGAGACCUUUUACCCCCUCAACCUUGGGGAAUACAUUAUGGGGAACCUACCAAAGCAAUUAUACCGGUAUGAUCGGCACCCAGCUAAAACGGGUAUGAUGUGUUGCAGCAAGUUGCCGAUCAGUUUCCACAAAGUGACCCCGCGAGAGAUCCGAAUGCUGGAGUUUCUGCUGUACCGGGCAGCUGUGUAUGGACGGGACACUGACUGGACGCAGUUCCAACACUUCUUUAAAGCAGAAACAGAAGCUCCUUUACCGACCCAAAACAGAUAAGACGAAUGAGGUCUCGUUCGUUAUAGUCAAUACUGGCUUGAUCUCACUUAUUUUACACAUUUGGCAAGUAGUGCUUUGCAUGUCUGGUUGUUCUCGUGCACUGUCCUGCAGGAAGAUCAUCUGGAUUAUACAACAAUCUCACAAGUGUCACAAGAAGAGACCAUGAUGCGCUUAAAACCGGUGUCACGAAUACUCGGUUAUUCAUAACGGAAUAAUGCAGUUUGCGGAUGCCUUAUGUAAAAUACUAUUCUCGUUUAGUGGAACGUCGAUGAAGAACAUAAUGAUGAAGUAUGUUACGUUUUAGGGUGACAACUUAUCGAAAUUAAUCUUCAACUGUAUCUGGAAUAUGGUUAAGGGACUAUGGUAGCGCCGUACUUUUUUAAUAGAAGGAUAUGUUCCUGGGUAGCAGGCAUCUUAAGUGUCGAAUUGCCAUGUUAUUGUUGGUAGAGAGGUGUAUCUGUAUUCAAGUAAUAAUAAUAUGUAAACGCUUAAAUGUGUAGAUUGCAUUGUCUUGUUGUGAUGUUGUACUGUUUGAUUUUGUAUGUCCUCUUUCAUAUAAUAUUAUAUACAUUUGCACACUGCACAUGAACGUGCACCUUUGUAUGCGGUUUUGGGCGAUGUCAAACUUUGCUAUUCCAUUAAUAUUUAUCGUGCAUUUACAAUAUUGAAAUGGAUGCUUUGCAAAACACGGCAUAUUUGACAUUCAAACAGUUGUCGACAUCUGGACAUAUAUUUGACAACUGAUGCUUGAUUGACGCGUAAAUGUGUGAUUCCAAGUAUAACAUUCACCAACAGCAUACAUGGGUUAUCCUCGUGUGUGUGUGUGUGCAGUUCAUGAACUAGUGUCCUGAAGCUUACAUAAAAUCUGAAACAUG